GCUGAAGACGUUAGCAAUUAUAUACGACUAAUGAAGACAAGAAAAAUUCUGCCCACUGUUGGGAAUAUUGUAGAUUUAACAAUUCCAGAGGAAUAUAAAGAUUUGGAUAUGACCGAGGAAGAAAAUGAUGAUUUGGCGUCGUAUCUCAUAACAACAUAUAAGAGUUUACAAAGAAUAGACAGUUUAAGCGCGGACAGGGUGGGACAAGUGGUACUAUUCGUAGCAGAGCGUGUUAAGGAGUCCGAGAGACAGGGAGCAGCACCCGAAAAAAGAAAGACCAGGACAGGGAAACGCAAAAUGGACGAAGAAAAGACACAAAGAAAAAAGAGAAAAUUAGAGGAGACCGGAUCCAAAGAAUUCACCUGCACAUACUGUUUUGCCUAUACAACCAAACGACGUGACAGGAUAAAGAGGCACAUGGAUAAAUGCCCGGCGGGUCCGAAGGAUGCAAAGGAGAGGGAGGCCCACACAAGAAGAUCAAUUGAGAGCUUAGUUCAAGCUCAUGAGGACUUUAAUUUUUUAAAUCCAUAUCUUCAUUAAUAACGUAUUCAUAACUUAUUCAUAAUCAUAAUUUCC